AUGUAUAAGGAAGUCGCUACAGCUUGUGCUCUAGCUAUUGGUGCAGAAAAACUUAUUUGUAUCGUAGAUGGUCAAAUCCUCGAUGAAAAUGGACGCCUUAUCAGAUUUUUAACCCUUGAUGAAGCAGACACGUUGAUUAGAAAACGAGCUAAGCAAAGUGAAACAGCAGCUAACUAUGUGGAAGCUGUCAGUCAAGGUGAUGCAUUUGGCACCUGUCUUGGAGGCAAGAACUGCAAUGGAGCAGCUCCUCUGUAUAAUGGAAGUAGUUUCACUCCUUCACAUAAUGGAAAGGGUUUCCUUGAGAAAGGGAAUGCUACCUUUCAAAACGGUGUUGGUUUUGACAACGAAAAUGGACUUUGGGAAGGUGAACGUUUUGCUAUUGGAGGUUUGGAACAUCAAAGUCGGUUCGAUUACCUGGCAGAGUUGGUUGUUGCUGUGGUUUGCAGGCGUGGAGUUCAGAGGGUUCAUUUGGUGGAUGGCACCUUAGAUGGAGCUUUGCUGCUGGAACUCUUUCAGAGAGAUGGAAUUGGUACUAUGGUGGGUAGUGAUCUGUAUGAGGGUACCAGAAUGGCGAGGGAAACAGACUUUUCUGGAAUAAGACAGAUAAUAAAACCUCUGGAAGACUCUGGCACAUUGGUUAAGAGGACUGAUCAAGAGCUACUCAAAGCAUUGGAUUCAUUCAUUGUGGUAGAGAGAGAGGGUCAGAUCAUAGCUUGCGCUGCUCUUUUCCCUUUCUUUGAAGAGAAGCGUGGGGAGGUUGCCACAAUUGCAGUUUCUCCUGACUGCCGUGGACAAGGACAGGGAGAUAAAUUACUUGAUUAUAUUGAAAAGAAAGCAUCCUCUCUUGGGUUGGAGAGGCUUUUCUUGCUCACAACCCGUACUGCAGAUUGGUAUAUUUCCUAAUCCUGGUUCUCAUAAACAUGAAUAUGUUUACCUCUUGCAGCGGAAACACUUGUGCACGUUGGUCAACCACAGUUGCCAGCCACUGUGCGCUUUGACUAUUCAUUUAAUUGCAACUACUUCAGUCCUUGUCAAUGCGUACGUUUGUGAGGCGUGGCUUCUCGCAGUGCUCCAUUGAUCAGAUACCGGAGAAGAGAAGGAAAAGGAUCAAUCUGUCUCGCAACUCUAAGUACUACAUGAAGAAGCUGUCGCCCAACACGAGCGGAAUUACAGUUCUUAAAUGAAUAUUGUCUUGCUGGAGGUCUACUGUAGUAAUAGGAUGAAGAUGCUCAGCCGGUAUGUAGCCUUUCAAAUCGCUGUGUUUCCACCAUUAGCAAAAUGUUUCAGCUGUGAGGCAAAA